UAGAGGGACUGAGCCAAGAGUCGGAGUGAGGCACUUGGAAAACAAAGCCUGCGGGGAUCAGCGUAAACAGCGAACAGCAAAAAGUAAAGGAGAAAACACCAGACAAACUGGGCUACGUGAGGCCACGAACGCGGGGUGGCACAGACUGCGGGCACAGGAACCGCAGGAGAUUCUUUAACCACGUCUAUCUGGGACCAGGUGCCCCCAGUCCGAACAAGGAAGUGAAAAGCAGCAGAGCUGGACUUUGCAUAAAGGUCUCCACAGCGCGCGGGUCCUGAAGGAUGGCAGCCAUCCCUUCUAGCGGCUCGCUCGUGGCUACCCAUGACUACUACCGGCGACGCCUGGGCUCCUCGUCCAGCAGCAGCUCCUGCGGAAGUGCAGAGUACCCCGGGGACACCGUGCCCCACCCCCCGGGUCUCCCCAAGGCCGACCCUGGCCACUGGUGGGCCAGCUUCUUUUUUGGGAAGUCCACCCUCCCAUUCAUGACCACAGUGUUGGAGUCUCCUGAGCACCCAGCAGAAUCCCCCCAGGCCUCCAGAAACCCUGAAGCAGCAGCAGCCAGUCGUCCAUCCCGGCCAGGCCAACACGAGGGUCCUGUCCUGACCUAGCAGAACCACAGCAAACCCAACUUCAGUGGUGCUAGGCCAAAGCCCCACCCAUCCACCCCACCCUGUAAACUAGGAAGGUUGCGCAAGCAACAGACACCAGCAGAAGCUAGUGAAAGCACCCCUGUUGGUACACAGUACUGAGCUUUCCUGAUCCUGUAACUGUGCCUUGCACCAAGCAGAAAAUAAACUCCUAGCAGCCAAUCCUC